UCAUUCCCUACCACUCGCAAGCCAACUCACUCUACCGCUGGCCCUAAAAUACCCUUUGUCCUCUCUCUUCCUUUCUGGCCUCUUGGCUUUUUUGAAAGCUUAUAGCAGAAGAAGAAAGUUCAAAACUCUCACACAAAAUUUAGAAAAAAAAACAGGAAAAAGGAAAGCAACGGGAAAAAGAGAUCCGCGAAUCCUAGAAGAAGAGUAGAAGGAAGCGAAGUUACGGGUUUUCCAGAACGAAAUGACGCAUUAGCCCAUGUCAUUUUCUCUCUCUUGAAAUUUUUUCUCGUGUUUGUUGAGCUGCCUCUCUCUCUGGUUGGCUACUUUAAGAAAGCUGCGCAAACCUGAUUCUCAAGCUUGCUUGUCCUUUUUUGCGAAUUAAAGACCAAUUAGGUGUCAAACCUUCAUUUGGUCCAUUGAUUCUUCCAUUUCAGCAUGGUUGCUACUGCUGCUACUUCCUCGUUCUUCCCUGUUCCUACUUCAUCUGCAGAUUCCAAGUCCACCAAGAUUGGUAGUGGGUCUGCAAGUUUGGGAGGAAUCAAAUCAAAACCUGCUUCUUCUGGGGGCUUGCAAGUCAAGGCAAAUGCCCAAGCCCCUCCCAAGAUAAAUGGAUCCACAGUAGGCUAUACAACACCUGUGGACAGUGUGAAAAAUGAGGGUGACACGCCAUCACCGCCCCCAAGGACCUUUAUCAACCAAUUACCUGAUUGGAGCAUGCUUCUUGCUGCUAUUACAACUAUAUUCUUGGCAGCAGAGAAGCAGUGGAUGAUGCUUGACUGGAAACCACGGCGACCUGACAUGCUUAUUGACCCUUUUGGUCUAGGGAGAAUUGUUCAGGAUGGCCUUGUGUUCAGGCAGAACUUCUCCAUCCGAUCAUAUGAAAUUGGCGCGGAUCGGACAGCAUCCAUAGAGACAUUGAUGAAUCAUUUACAAGAAACAGCCCUCAACCAUGUUAAGACUGCUGGACUUCUUGGUGAGGGGUUUGGUUCAACACCAGAGAUGAGUAAAAGGAACCUGAUAUGGGUGGUUACUCGGAUGCAGGUCCUGGUGGAUCGUUAUCCAACGUGGGGUGAUGUUGUUGAAGUAGAUACUUGGGUGAGUGCAUCAGGAAAAAAUGGCAUGCGCCGCGAUUGGCUUGUUCGUGACAGUAAAACCGGUGAAACUCUAACAAGAGCCUCCAGUGUGUGGGUAAUGAUGAAUAAACUGACUAGGAGAUUAUCUAAAAUUCCUGAAGAGGUUAGGGGGGAAAUAGAGCCUUACUUUUUGAAUUCUGAUCCUAUUGUGGAUGAGGAUGGCAGAAAACUGCCAAAACUUGAUGACAACACUGCGGAUUAUGUUUGCAAAGGUUUAACUCCUAGAUGGAGUGAUUUAGAUGUCAACCAACAUGUUAACAAUGUGAAGUACAUUGGCUGGAUCCUUGAGAGUGCUCCGCUGCCGAUCCUGGAGAGUCAUGAGCUAUCAUCCAUUAUUAUGGAAUAUAGGAGGGAGUGUGGAAGGGAUAGUGUGCUUCAGUCGCUGACUGCUGUCUCUGGCACCGGCUUAGGAAAUUUAGGAAAUGCUGGUGAAAUUGAGUGUCAGCACUUGCUUCGACUGGAGGAAGGUGCUGAGAUAGUAAGGGGAAGGACUGCGUGGAGGCCAAAGUAUCGCAGCAACUUUGGAAUUAUGGGUCAGAUUCCAGUUGAAAGUGCCUAAGGAUCCAAUACCCCUCUGUUCUUUGUCGACUGAUGUGGCAUUAAGUCUCUUUAUGUCACACAACGCCUGUGUAGAAUCUUCCUUUGUUCAGUUCUUGGAAUUAAUAGAUGUUCCUUCUUAUAUAUAUUAUAUUUAUUUAUUAUAUAUAUUUUUCUGAUUUCUUGAAAAAAAGGAAGUUGUAAGCUUUUGUAAUUACUAAUUAGUUCUUGCUACUCUCUCUCUCUGUCUCUCUCCCCCUUUGAAGUGGGUCUGCCUUUUCAAUUUGAGUUAAUAUUUUAGGCGGAGAAGCUCUCUCUCGCCCCAAAAGAAAUUUCGACUUGGUUGGUCGUAGACUCAUAGUAAUUGAUAUAUGGCUCUUGUUCCUUGUUGUAUGGGUACCCCAGGAUUAUGGCCUUCUUUGAUUGGACAA